AUGAUAUACUCAGAAGAGGGUGAUAUUAUUAACGUUGCUAAGAGUGCAGGACGUAAUGUCACUAGUAACAUGUUGCAGGACAACAAGAGUGCAGGACGUAAUGUCACUAGUAACAUGUUGCAGGACAACAAGAGUGCAGGACGUAAUGUCACUAGUAACAUGUUGCAGGACAACAAGAGUGCAGGACGUAAUGUCACUAGUAACAUGUUGCAGGACAACAAGAGUGCAGGACGUAAUGUCACUAGUAACACGUUGCAGGACAACAAGAGUGCAGGACGUAAUGUCACUAGUAACAUGUUGCAGGACAACAAGAGUGCAGGACGUAAUGUCACUAGUAACAUGUUACAGGACAACAAGAGUGCAGGACGUAAUGUCACUAGUAACAUGUUGCAGGACAACAAGAGUGCAGGACGUAAUGUCACUAGUAACACGUUGCAGGACAACAAGAGUGCAGGACGUAAUGUCACUAGUAACAUGUUGCAGGACAACAAGAGUGCAGGACGUAAUGUCACUAGUAACAUGUUACAGGACAACAAGAGUGCAGGACGUAAUGUCACUAGUAACAUGUUACAGGACAACAAGAGUGCAGGACGUAAUGUCACUAGUAACAUGUUGCAGGACAACAAGAGUGCAGGACGUAAUGUCACUAGUAACAUGUUGCAGGACAACAAGAGUGCAGGACGUAAUGUCACUAGUAACAUGUUGCAGGACAACAAGAGUGCAGGACGUAAUGUCACUAGUAACAUGUUGCAGGACAACAAGAGUGCAGGACGUAAUGUCACUAGUAACAUGUUGCAGGACAACAAGAGUGCAGGACGUAAUGUCACUAGUAACAUGUUGCAGGACAACAAGAGUGCAGGACGUAAUGUCACUAGUAACAUGUUGCAGGACAACAAGAGUGCAGGACGUAAUGUCACUAGUAACAUGUUGCAGGACAACAAGAGUGCAGGACGUAAUGUCACUAGUAACAUGUUGCAGGACAACAAGAGUGCAGGACGUAAUGUCACUAGUAACAUGUUGCAGGACAACAAGAGUGCAGGACGUAAUGUCACUAGUAACAUGUUGCAGGACAACAAGAGUGCAGGACGUAAUGUCACUAGUAACAUGUUGCAGGACAACAAGAGUGCAGGACGUAAUGUCACUAGUAACAUGUUGCAGGACAACAAGAGUGCAGGACGUAAUGUCACUAGUAACAUGUUGCAGGACAACAAGAGUGCAGGACGUAAUGUCACUAGUAACAUGUUGCAGGACAACAAGAGUGCAGGACGUAAUGUCACUAGUAACAUGUUGCAGGACAACAAGAGUGCAGGACGUAAUGUCACUAGUAACAUGUUGCAGGACAACAAGAGUGCAGGACGUAAUGUCACUAGUAACAUGUUGCAGGACAACAAGAGUGCAGGACGUAAUGUCACUAGUAACAUGUUGCAGGACAACAAGAGUGCAGGACGUAAUGUCACUAGUAACAUGUUGCAGGACAACAAGAGUGCAGGACGUAAUGUCACUAGUAACAUGUUGCAGGACAACAAGAGUGCAGGACGUAAUGUCACUAGUAACAUGUUGCAGGACAACAAGAGUGCAGGACGUAAUGUCACUAGUAACAUGUUGCAGGACAACAAGAGUGCAGGACGUAAUGUCACUAGUAACAUGUUGCAGGACAACAAGAGUGCAGGACGUAAUGUCACUAGUAACAUGUUGCAGGACAACAAGAGUGCAGGACGUAAUGUCACUAGUAACAUGUUGCAGGACAACAAGAGUGCAGGACGUAAUGUCACUAGUAACAUGUUGCAGGACAACAAGAGUGCAGGACGUAAUGUCACUAGUAACAUGUUACAGGACAACAAGAGUGCAGGACGUAAUGUCACUAGUAACAUGUUACAGGACAACAAGAGUGCAGGACGUAAUGUCACUAGUAACAUGUUACAGGACAACAAGAGUGCAGGACGUAAUGUCACUAGUAACAUGUUGCAGGACAACAAGAGUGCAGGACGUAAUGUCACUAGUAACAUGUUGCAGGACAACAAGAGUGCAGGACGUAAUGUCACUAGUAACAUGUUGCAGGACAACAAGAGUGCAGGACGUAAUGUCACUAGUAACAUGUUGCAGGACAACAAGAGUGCAGGACGUAAUGUCACUAGUAACAUGUUGCAGGACAACAAGAGUGCAGGACGUAAUGUCACUAGUAACAUGUUGCAGGACAACAAGAGUGCAGGACGUAAUGUCACUAGUAACAUGUUGCAGGACAACAAGAGUGCAGGACGUAAUGUCACUAGUAACAUGUUGCAGGACAACAAGAGUGCAGGACGUAAUGUCACUAGUAACAUGUUGCAGGACAACAAGAGUGCAGGACGUAAUGUCACUAGUAACAUGUUGCAGGACAACAAGAGUGCAGGACGUAAUGUCACUAGUAACAUGUUGCAGGACAACAAGAGUGCAGGACGUAAUGUCACUAGUAACAUGUUGCAGGACAACAAGAGUGCAGGACGUAAUGUCACUAGUAACAUGUUGCAGGACAACAAGAGUGCAGGACGUAAUGUCACUAGUAACAUGUUGCAGGACAACAAGAGUGCAGGACGUAAUGUCACUAGUAACAUGUUACAGGACAACAAGAGUGCAGGACGUAAUGUCACUAGUAACAUGUUGCAGGACAACAAGAGUGCAGGACGUAAUGUCACUAGUAACAUGUUGCAGGACAACAAGAGUGCAGGACGCAAUGUCACUAGUAACAUGUUGCAGGACAACAAGAGUGCAGGACGCAAUGUCACUAGUAACAUGUUGCAGGACAACAAGAGUGCAGGACGUAAUGUCACUAGUAACAUGUUGCAGGACAACAAGAGUGCAGGACGUAAUGUCACUAGUAACAUGUUGCAGGACAACAAGAGUGCAGGACGCAAUGUCACUAGUAACAUGUUGCAGGACAACAAGAGUGCAGGACGCAAUGUCACUAGUAACAUGUUACAGGACAACAAGAGUGCAGGACGUAAUGUCACUAGUAACAUGUUGCAGGACAACAAGAGUGCAGGACGUAAUGUCACUAGUAACAUGUUGCAGGACAACAAGAGUGCAGGACGUAAUGUCACUAGUAACAUGUUGCAGGACAACAAGAGUGCAGGACGUAAUGUCACUAGUAACAUGUUGCAGGACAACAAGAGUGCAGGACGUAAUGUCACUAGUAACAUGUUGCAGGACAACAAGAGUGCAGGACGUAAUGUCACUAGUAACAUGUUGCAGGACAACAAGAGUGCAGGACGUAAUGUCACUAGUAACAUGUUGCAGGACAACAUGGAAAGCCUCAUAAACACAGCUUUAUAA